CAUCCCUCAUCUUUCGCGCACAUCCCCUCUUCAGGUAUGCGUGUACCACCACAUGACUUUGCUGGUUAAGAGGAGAGUGUACAAGACGCUGGCCUUUGUCUUUCUGGCCAACGUUUGGAUCAUCCAUAAAAAAAUGCCGCAGCGCCAGAGCGCCCGCUUUCGUAAGUCUUCUGGUACAAACACCAAUUUUGCCCUUCCGCCCGGUCUUCCCAGAGAGCAGCAGCAGCCAGCGACACCAACAUGCAGUACUCCCUCGUUUUCCUGGCCGUUGUGGCGAUGCUGGGCUCGGCGCUUGGAUUCCAGGUUGCUCCCAGGGGAUUGUCGACGGCAUCGCACUGCUCGGGAGUAUCCAUGUCCCCACGGUCGUCGUCCUCGUUCACCGCACGACCGGUGACGGCCACAGCAGCAGGGGCAGCAGCACCCAGAGCCUCCGCGCACAAGAGGAGACAACAACGGUUCAGCAUGCAGUUCGGAGAAGGAGGCGGGCCAAUCGAGAAGGGAACCAUGCCGUCCUACGAAGAAGAGCAGGAGAAGGCGUUCUUUAACAGCGAGCUGGACAACGCCCCGGCGACGGAGAAGGUGAAGGACCCCGUUGUGAUCAUCACGUUGGCCUGGAUCCUGGGGAUGUUCCUCCUGGCCACCGGGCUCAUCCUCAACGGCGUCAACUAGUUAAAACCUAACUGUUUGUCUC